AUGGCCACCAAGGAUUUCCACGUCGCCAUUGUUGGUGCUGGCAUCGGCGGCCUCGCCCUUGCCAUGGCUCUACACAAGAAGGGCAUCUCGUUCACGCUGUACGAGGAGGCCAAGGAGUACUCGGCCGUUGGCGCCGGCAUCGGAUUCGCACCAAAUGGCAUGCGUACCAUGGACCUGAUUGAGCCUGGAUUCCGCCCGCUCUACGAGGCCGUGUGCGUCGGGAACCGGGGCGAGGACGCGCAGCAUAUCUUCUUCGAAGGCAUGCUGCUCAAAGAGGGCUUCGGCCGUGACCAGCCAUGGUAUGGAAAGUCCGGCUGGGGCCACGUCGACUACGUCCGCAAAUCUGCGCACCGGAAAACACUGCUCGACAUCAUGACGAGCUUCAUCCCAGUCGAGAGCGUGCAGUUCAACAAGUGCCUAGCAGGAUCCGAGCAACAGCCAUCGGGCGUCCUCCUCAGCUUCGCUGACGGUACAACCGCCACGGCCUCGUUCCUUGCGGGCGCGGACGGCAUCCAGAGCACAGUCAGGGAACACGUCCUCAAGGAGCUGUACCCGGACCAGGUCGCUCCCGUGUAUUCCGGGGCUUACUGCUACCGAGCUGUGAUCCCCAUGUCCGAAGCGUACGAGAUUCUCGGUGACCUCACCGACGUGGCCAAGUUUUACUUUGGCCACAAGCGCAGUUGCAUCACAUACCGCAUCUCUGGCGGCGAGGAGUUCAACUUUCUGCUCUGCGUCGCCGACGGGCUCGAUGGGUGGAAGCUCAAGAACGCCGUGACGGAGAAGAUCUCGCACGAGGCGAUGAUGGCCGACUUUGACAGCCCGGACACGGUGUCGUACACACGCGACCGCGUGAUCCUGGUCGGCGACAGCGCGCACGCGUCGCUGCCGUUCCAGGCUGCCGGCGCCGCGCAGGGGCUCGAGGAUGCGCUCGUCCUCUCGAAUGUCCUCGCCGAGCUCGCGGGCAUGCCGGAGCGCGGCGCCGCGCAGAUGCCGGCGAUCCGCGCCGGCAUGGCCGCGUACGACUCGAUCCGCCGCCCCCGCGCGCAGAAGCAACUCGAGCAGGCGGACGAGGUGAGCCGCAUGAUGUUCCUCGAGCACGAGGAGGCCGGCGGCGACGUGGAAAAGAUUCUGCCCCUGCUGCAGCAGGGCCGCUUCAACUGGCUCUGGUUCCAUGACAUGGACGACGAUGUACAGGAGGUGCUGCGCAGGAUGAGGAAGCAGAUCAGCGUCGGCUCUCAGCCUGCUGCUGCGAGGAUAUGA